AUGAAAAAACUGAUAGCAAAGCGAACAAAUGCCAAAGGGCAAUUAACACAAUUCAUUAGAUUUGUAGACGAGAUAACGGAUGAUCAAAUAGAUCAGAUUCCAGACAGAAUUCGAAAGGUAGAGAAAGUGUACGCGAUAUUCGACGAAGUCCAGCGAGAGAUCGAGGAGUUAAAAAUAGAAGAGUUCGAGGAUAAAGAAUCAACGCCGUCGGAAGAGGAAGAGGAUCGAAAGAGGUUAGAAGAAGAAUUAACAGAGGAACGAACGACAUUCGAAAAUCGAUAUUUCGCCAGUAUAGCGCGAGCAAGAAGACGACUUCCCCCGAUCGUAAGUGAAGUAACGAACAAUAUCGUUACGCAACAACCGCAAAGCACGCGAACAACAGUCAAGCUACCAACGCUUCAAUUGCCGAAAUUUGACGGUAAUUAUAAUCAAUGGUUACUAUUCAAAGAUACGUUUUUGUCGGUGAUUGAUUCGAAUGAUAGUCUAUCAAAGAUUCAAAAAUUCCAAUACUUACGGAGCGCACUAAAGGGCGAAGCGUUGAAUGUGAUACAAACUCUCGAGACAACGGAAGCAAAUUACGACAUAGCUUGGAAUUUGAUCCGGGAGCGGUAUGAAAAUAAGAAAUUAAUCAUAAAUACGCAUCUUAAAGGACUAUUUGAUAUAUCGCCCAUAACCAAAGGCAAUUAUAACAGUUUAAGGCUUUUUAUAGAUUCAAUCCGUACACAUCUGAAGGCUCUUGAAACUUUAGGACAGGACGUAGAGAAAUGGGACACGAUUUUGAUUUACCUAAUAAGUGGUAAAUUAGAUUACGUAACAAGACGAGAUUGGGAACUACACGCUAGUAAAGAAGAUUCGAACGCACUUCCGAAUAUGGAUCAACUCUUCGAGUUUCUCACAAACCGAGCUCAUACACUGGAGUUAGUCGAUAACUCGAAAGACAAGUCUGGAGGCGAAAAAUCUUUCAAUUCAAAGAAAAUUGAGAGAAAGGUUAAUCUUGCAGCUACCACAGCGAUAGUUGCAUGCAGCUACUGCGAGGGUGCUCAUACUCUUUACAAAUGCGAAGAGUUUUCCAAAUUACCGGUAGAAAAGAGAAGACAGGAAAUACAACAAAGACGCCUAUGUCUGAACUGCUUACGAAGAGGACAUUAUGUGCAGGAGUGUAAAGCAACCUCUUGCAAGCACUGUAGCGAGCGGUAUAAUACAUUACUACACAUCGAUAAGGACGGUCAAGAAUUCAAAUCAAACUCAAUUAAGAACGAAGCACCAAAGCAAGAAAAGAAAGCUGUAUUGACAAGCAGUGUACUUUUAAGAAGCACCGAAGGCGAUGAUCUUACAGAUAAUGAUCAACAAGAAAAGAAAAAUAGUGGAGAGGCCACAGUAAUAAAUCACGUAGUUCAUCGAAAUUCUGGGACAGUCUUUCUGGCUACAGCUCAAAUCCACGUUUACGACAAAGAAGGGAGACUAAUACAAUGCAGAGCGAUAUUGGAUCCUGGAUCGCAGUCCAAUUUGAUGACGAUGGAUUUAGCAAAGAAACUAAAAAUCCCGAUAAUAGAAAGCAAACUUCCACUCAGCGGAAUUGGAAAAGCAAGAACUAAUACAAGAACAAUGGUACGCGUGAAGAUCAAAUCUAUACAUACUUCAUUUACAUCCGAAUUUGAAUGCCAGUUGAUGCCGAUAAUUACUGAAAAUUUACCGCAAGUUUAUGUGGACACCACGAUAUGGAAUGUUCCCAGACACAUUAAACUCGCCGAUCCGACGUUCAACACUCCUGGGAGCAUAGAUCUACUUAUUGGAGGAGCGCUGUUUUGGCAGAUACUAUGCAUGGAGCAAAUAAAACUUCAUAACAAGCUACCUACCUUACAGAAGACUAUGUUGGGAUGGGUAGUAGGAGGAGAGAUAGUAGGUCGCAAUACCGUAAGGCAACCGCAAACGUGUCAUUUACUUACCAAAUUGGACAAACAACUCGAGAAAUUUUGGAUCAUCGAGGAAGGGACGGAACAACCACAUCUAUCAAAACAAGAGCAAUAUUGCGAAGAGUUUUUUAAGAAGACUGUACCUCAGAACGCAGAAGGAAGAUACAUCGUUCGUCUACCGAGAAACGAGGAUACGAAAAUAGGAUCAUCAGAGGAGUUUGCAAUGAGACGCCUAUACUCGAUGGAAAAUAGAAUCAAGAAACAACCUGAUAUACGGAAGGCUUAUAACGAAUUUAUGAUCGAAUACGAAGCUAUGGGACACAUGACGCCAAUACAAAGAACAGAUAAUUCAACAGAAGAAGAGGCCUUCUACCUACCACAUCAACCGGUCAUUCGGACAACGAGCCUGACAACGAAGCUUCGAAUCGUUUUUGAUGCGUCGGCCAAGACAUCAAACGGGACUUCACUAAACGACAUGCUACUGAUAGGCCCCAAUCUGCAGGGCGACUUAUGGAGUAUUAUGUUACGAUUUCGAUGCCACCAGUAUGUCAUGACUGCCGAUAUAGCUAUGAUGUUUCGGCAAGUUAUGGUAUCAGAAGAAGACCGACAUCUACAGCGAAUACUUUGGAGAGAAGACACUGAUCAGGCCGUUCAGACGUACACGCUGAAUACCGUCACAUACGGCACGGCAUGCGCACCAUACCUAGCAAUGCGAUGCUUACGGCACCUCGCGGAAGGAGAAAAGAAGAACUAUCCAGCAGCAGCCAAGAUUCUAGAAGAUGACUUCUACAUGGAUGACGUAUUGACCGGUAGUGAUACGAUAGAAGGGGCGGCAGCUUUGCAAAAGGAGCUCUCAGAGUUGCUGGCAAGAGGACAAUUUCCGUUACGCAAAUGGCGAUCAAAUGAUUCAAGAGUACUACAUCAUCUAGCGGAAGAUCGAAAAACGGACGAACUUCUUGUUUUGGAUAAGGAGGAACCGCUGAAGACACUAGGUCUUCUCUGGAAUUCAGAUCAAGACGUUCUGCAAUACAAGAUCACGGUGACUAACAAACAAAAAAUGAGUAAACGUAACAUUUUGUCACAAAUUGCAAGUAUCUAUGAUCCUCUAGGUUUAAUUAGGCCAAUACUCAUUACGGCAAAAAUCACAAUGCAGCAACUCUGGAAGAUAAAAUUAGGAUGGGACGAGACAGUACCAGACGAGAUAUCAAGGGCCUGGACGAACUACUAUCACGAGACACGGUAG